AAUAAAAAUUGGUUACAAAAAAAAUUAAUACAAUAAUAAAAGUUUAAAAAGUUUUCAGAGACAGGACAAAUAAUGAGGCAAAUAAGAGCAAAGUAGGUAGCCCGGGUCUACCGUCCCCCCUCCCUCCCAGACAAAGGCUGAGAAGGAGAAGGGCACUCUUUGGGAGGAAUGUCCCCUUUUUGAAGACCAAAAUUUCACGAUUGUGCAAUCUUUAUCUUAAGACAGACCCGUUUGCCCAGAGUCCCUCUUCUAAUCUUUGGCGUCCAGGUGUCUGGCUCGAUCAGGUGGCCCUUGUGGAUUCAGUCUGGUUUGACCAGGUGGCUUCUGUGGAUGCAGGGAGAUAUGCCUCUUGUCUUCUGAAAGUCCUAAGGGGGGGUUCUCUUCUUCUUGUUGUAACUGUUAUCUCUGUUGAGAAACACCUCUGGGCCUCUCCCUUUUUUUUUUUCCUUCUUGAGCUAAAGAAAAUAUCUUACACACAAUUCUUUUAUUACUAAAACUUAAUGCUAAAAACUACAUUUACUAUAUUAUUCAAAUGUCAAUACAGCAUAACUUUUCUACCUAGCAUUAUUGUAUAUAGUAAAUAUCUGCAUAGAGCCACACACACAACAAGCCUUUUUCACACAGCUCUUUAUUAAAGUGAUCAGCUGGCUAGGAGAGCCCGAUGGAGUUUUCCCACGCUGCUGUAGCAAUCUGGAGGAGCAGGACGUGUCCCAGUUCCCCAUUCAGCUGCAGAGAGCAAGUACCGAGUCUUUGUUCCCAUGGGAACUCCUAGAAGCUCUCUCUGGUUACCUUGAGGAGGCAGAUUGGUGCUAGUCGGUCACUGAAGUGCACAACCGUAGAUAUCAGCUCUUUACCCGAAUGGGAUGAUCCGAGGCACUUUUCCUUGUCUGCCACUUGAGCUGGCCCAGGCCCAUGUCAGUCCGGCUCCUUAGAGACCACAGCGAGUUCUCAAACCAGGUCAGAGGGUGCGUCCACCUCCUCCUCGGCGAGAGCAUCGCCUGGCUCUUCCACUGUGUCCAGUCUUCCAUCUUGGGGUGCCCUUCAUCUCCAAAGAACUCUCCCAGCGUGCUGUGUGUUCGUCUUAUUUGCAUAUGCCUUCCUUGAGUAGGCAGCGUGGGGGGGGCUGGGUGAGCUCCGAUUACAGUAGAUACAAACAGGACAUUCAACUCGCUUUUAACAUGCUAAUUCAGAAAUGCAGGACUGGCAAGAUAGCUGCCCAGCAGGGCACCACAGCCUCCAUGAGGACGGCAGCUGUCUUAGUGCCGCCUCGAACGGGGGUCACCUGUCCGCCCCGGCGCCUCCCACUGCACCCUCCAGAGCCCCGUGGAACCACACUCGGCACUCCCCGUGCCCAGCCAUGGCUCCCGCCAACAGCGGCAGGGCGGAUGAGGGAAGGAGGGAGAAAGGGGCCAGGCAGGAGUAGUGGUACGCGCAGUGUUACUCUAAGAACAGCUCUUCCUCGCGCCCGGGCCUCAGCGAGGGGAACUACAACUCCCAAGAGCCUUUGCAACAUCAAGCGCAGGAGGAUUUACGCCUCAAGCGUGGUGGCGGCCUAUGCGACAUCAAGGGUGCUCUUCUGCGGGCGGGGGCGUAGCCAUUGGCUGAACUACAACUUCUAGCAGCCCUUCACACAUCUCGCGCGUGCGCACGGCCUUGGUCCGGCCGCACUGCCGUUGUCGCCGUAGGUGUGUGUGGAGGGGGGAAGGGAGUGAGCGAACGCGGCGGUGAGGAGGAGUAUGAGAGUUGAGAGUUGAACCGCUGUUGUCCCUGCUAGCUUGCACUCAUGAUUCCUAUAUGCCCAGUAGUUUCUUUCACCUAUGUGCCCAGCCGCCUGGGAGAAGAUGCCAAAAUGGCCACCGGCAACUACUUUGGAUUCACCCAUAGCGGGGCUGCUGCCCAGUAUAGCCAGCAGUCAGCUUCGGGCGUAGCUUAUUCCCAUCCAACUACAGUUGCCAGCUACACUGUCCACCAGGCACCAGUUGCUGCGCACACUGUCACUGCAGCCUAUGCUCCAGCAGCAGCUACAGUUGCAGUAGCUAGGCCUGCUCCAGUAGCUGUUGCAGCUGCUGCAACAGCUGCUGCUUAUGGAGGCUAUCCUACAGCACACACGGCUACAGAUUAUGGUUAUACACAGAGGCAGCAAGAAGCUCCACCACCACCACCUCCCGUCACUACGCAGAAUUACCAGGAUUCCUAUUCUUAUGUUCGAUCUACUGCCCCAGCUGUAGCUUAUGACAGCAAACAAUACUAUCAACAACCUACAGCAACUGCUGCAGCUGUGGCUGCUGCUGCCCAGCCUCAACCCUCAGUGGCUGAGUCAUACUACCAGGCAGCUCCAAAAGCAGGAUAUAGCCAAGGGGCAACUCAAUAUACCCAAGCCCAGCAAACACGACAAGUGACAGCUAUAAAACCUGCAACUCCAAGUCCAGCAACAACUACAUUUUCUAUAUAUCCAGUAUCCUCUACUGUGCAGCCGGUAGCAGCUGCAGCUACUGUUGUUCCAUCCUAUACUCAAAGUGCAACAUACAGUACAACAGCGGUUACUUACUCUGGUACCUCUUAUUCCGGCUAUGAAGCCGCAGUAUAUUCAGCUGCAUCAUCCUAUUACCAGCAGCAGCAGCAGAAACAGGCAGUGGCAGCAGCUGCUGCUGCUGCAACAGCUGCUUGGACAGGGACCACCUUUACUAAAAAGGCACCAUUCCAAAAUAAGCAACUGAAAGCAAAGCAACCUCCCAAACUGCCCCAGAUCCACUACUGCGAUGUUUGCAAGAUCAGCUGUGCUGGACCACAGACUUAUAAAGAACACUUAGAAGGCCAGAAACACAAAAAGAAAGAAGCAGCAUUAAAAGCUUCCCAGAACACCAAUAACAGCAGUACUUCUGCUCGUGGAACUCAGAAUCAGUUGCGCUGUGAGCUUUGUGAUGUGUCUUGUACAGGAGCAGAUGCUUAUGCUGCCCAUAUCCGUGGAGCCAAACAUCAGAAAGUAGUAAAGUUGCACACAAAACUUGGCAAACCUAUUCCUUCAACUGAACCAAAUGUGGUUUCCCAAGCUACUACUUCAACAUCCACAUCUGCUUCUAAACCAACUGCCCCUGCUUCAAAUAUAGCAACUAGCAGCAGUACUGUGAACUCCUCUGUUGCAUCCUCUGCAGUGAAAAUUCUUACUCCCACGGCAAAUGCACCACUUAACGCUGCGUCCAACAACAAAACAUCUUCAACCGCUGCUAAUAUAGCUGUAAAGAAAAUAUCUCCACCAAAAAUAAACUUUGUUGGCAAGUACAGAAGUGGUAAUAAACUUCAGACAACAGGAAGUAAACUGGAAGAAAUGAAAUCAGCUGAAAGUGUUAAAGCAACAACUGCUGUUACAAUACAAACACAGGAAGUGAAACCAGACACAGCAGCUGAACCAGUGACACCUACGACUCUUGCUGUCUUGCAAAGUGAUAUCCAGCCAGUGGGCCAUGACUAUGUGGAGGAGGUAAGAAAUGAUGAAGGAAAGGUGAUCCGCUUUCACUGUAAACUUUGUGAAUGCAGUUUUAAUGAUCCUAAUGCCAAAGAGAUGCACUUAAAAGGGAGGCGGCACAGACUUCAGUAUAAGAAAAAAGUAAACCCAGAUUUACAAGUAGAAGUAAAGCCCAGUAUUCGAGCAAGAAAAAUUCAAGAAGAGAAGAUGAGGAAACAGAUGCAGAAAGAAGAAUACUGGAGAAGGCGAGAAGAGGAAGAACGCUGGAGGAUGGAAAUGAGGCGAUAUGAAGAGGACAUGUACUGGAGGAGAAUGGAGGAAGAGCAUAACUGGGAUGACCGUCGUAGAAUACCAGAUGGAGGCUAUCCUCAUGGUCCUCCGGGACCUCUAGGCCUGCUGGGAGUUAGACCAGGAAUGCUUCCUCAGCCCCAAGGACCAGCCAAAUGUGCUUUUUCAUCUGUUUCGCCUCUACGCCGCCCUGACUCCUCUGAUGACCGCUACGUGAUGACCAAACAUGCAGCUAUAUAUCCAACAGAGGAGGAACUUCAAGCAGUUCAAAAAAUUGUUUCUAUUACUGAGCGUGCUUUGAAACUUGUGUCUGACAAUAUGUCUGACCAUGAAGAAAGCAAGAGCAAAGAGGGAGAUGACAAAAAAGACAGCAGUAAAGACAGAGCUUUGAAAGGAGUUUUACGGGUGGGCGUUUUGGCUAAAGGUUUGUUACUCCGUGGAGACCGAAAUGUCAAUCUUGUUUUGUUAUGUGCUGAGAAGCCUUCAAAGAUGUUACUUGGUUUUAUUGCUGAAAGUCUUCCCAAACAACUUGCAGUAAUAAGUCCCGAGAAAUAUGAUAUCAAGUGUGCAGUCUCAGAAGCAGCAAUAAUUUUAAAUUCAUGUGUGGAACCCAAAAUGCAAGUUACUAUCACAUUGACAUCUCCAGUCAUUCGGGAGGAGAACAUGAGGGAUGGAGAUGUAACCUCGGGUAUGGUGAAAGACCCACCCGACAUCUUGGACAGGCAAAAAUGCCUUGACGCUCUGGCUGCUCUACGCCACGCUAAGUGGUUCCAGGCUAGAGCUAAUGGUCUGCAGUCCUGUGUGGUUAUCAUACGUAUUCUUCGUGACCUCUGUCAGCGGGUUCCAACUUGGUCUGAUUUUCCAAGCUGGGCUAUGGAGUUGCUUGUGGAAAAAGCAAUUAGCAGUGCUACUGGACCACAGAGUCCUGGGGAUGCACUAAGAAGAGUUUUUGAGUGUAUAUCUUCAGGAAUCAUCCUUAAAGGUGGCCCUGGCCUUCUGGACCCUUGUGAGAAAGAUCCUUUUGAUACACUUGCUGUAAUGACAAAUCAGCAACGAGAGGAUAUUACUUCAAGUGCACAGUUUGCGCUGAGACUCCUUGCAUUCCGUCAAAUACACAAAGUUUUAGGAAUGGAUCCAUUACCACAGAUGAAUCAACGCUUCAACAUCCAUAAUAAUCGUAAAAGAAGAAGGGAUAGUGAUGGGGUUGAUGGAUUUGAAGCUGAGGGAAAAAAAGACAAAAAAGAUUAUGAUAACUUUUAAAAACAUUUGUCAUUAGUGCUAAGAUUGAAGGUGAUUAAAAAUCCAUUUGUUGCCUUCAUUUUAAAUGGACAUAAUAAUGUAUGUUUAAAAUAUCCCAAAAACAACUCAGUAAUUAGAUUUAGAAGAGAAAAAUAUAGCUCUUCUGUGAGAUUCUGAAUAUUUUAAUGAUAUACUAUAUCAGACAGAUUAUGUAUGGAGAGACUGCAAAUGGAAACUGUCAUUGGAAAAAAUAGUGGGUUUUCCUCAUUACCUUUUCUUUAAAUGUGUUAACUUUAGUCUCUGUCUCUCUCUUGAGCAUUGUUUUAUCUUGACUGUAUUUAAUGCAACACUUGUGCUUCUAUUCCUAUGUGUAUUUUGAUUACUUUUUUAUUUAGGUUUGUUUGCCUUUGACACUAGUUGUAGAAGUUACAUUGUGUUAGCAUAAACUGUUGCCCUCCCAAUUAAUAUUUUACAGAACUUCAUUUUGUAAAGUGAGACUGUAAGAUUAUGUUUUUGCUUUUGUUUUCCUAAAUGUGAAGGGGUUUGCAACACAUAAUUAUCCUGCCAUUUGAGUGCUCAGAAUUAAAUGGUUUUGCCAA